AUGGGAUCCCCCGAUGAAGGGUUUCAGCGUCGACGGUCGGCGCCAGGGUUUGGCAACAAAUCACACCGCGGGAACAGAGGUGGCUAUGGCUACCGCUCGAAGAAAACUGGCCAAGGUCAUGCAUCGUUUCACCCUCUGAACGCUCCAUUCCCCCAAGACCAACCACCACCGUCCUGUUUUAAUUGUGGCUCUUUCGACCAUAUGGUUCAUCAUUGCCCAGAGUAUCAGCAUGAGGCAUCCCCCGGAUUUCAUAAACAUCCUCGCCCGCCAAAGCGGCAGAGAACCACGGAUGGAUCCAGACAUCAAUUCCGUGACGAGUUCCCGCCUGCGCAGCGAGGGCACCCUCAUCGUUCCUUCUCUCACCCGUCACAUCCUUAUCAGCCUGGUUAUCAUCAACCUGGGUAUGACCACCCUGGACCAGGUUCCCCCGAGCAGGAGGAAUGGCAUCACAGACCUCCGUAUGGAUACCCGCCAUAUGACCCUCACGGGCCUCCUCCACCAAUGAAUGGAUAUGAUGGAUAUGAUGCUCAUGGCCCUAUGCCACCAUACCCAUACAAUGCUCCCCCUCCGGGUUACCACCCCCGCCGACCCAAUCGCCGCCGUGAAGGAGACUACCCUGAAUAUCCGAUGGAAGGUCCUCCGCCGCCGUCUUCGUGGGAUGGACCCCCCCGUAACCAGGCUUGGCGUGGAAAGGGCCGUAAAGGCAGAGACGGACCUCCAUCUUCACGUCGACCUGACCACUGGGUUGAAGGAUUCUAUGACCUAGACACUCCAGAAAACAGGGCUGCAAACGGUCAAGUCGUUUGGAGGCCACCUCACCCUGUUGGCCGGCCCUUGCCCGCAAUAUUCAGUGAUCUAGAUGAUAUCUGCAAAUUACCCCCAUUUGCUUCUCUACCUCCAGGAAUGUCUGUUUCAAAAUACUUCUUAAACAAGGGACCUGAGGAGUUCAACGAAAAUAUCCGAAAUACAGAAGACUGGCCCUUCAUGAUGGAUGACCCGAUCUUUUCAGAACUCCCAUCCGAUGGCGAGUCGGUACCCAUCAAAGACCUUAUCUCUCAACGGAAGGAGAUAAUGGCGGCCCAUAAAAUUGUCCCUCGUAAGCCUGUUGUGGAAGAGGAGGCUGCUUACGACAGUGAGCAAGCAGAUGAAAAUGAAAUGCCACAAGAAGAAGGAAGCUAUGCAGGCUCCGAACAAGGCCAGGAAGACUAUAAUCAAGAUUAUAAUCAGGGAUAUGGCCACGACUAUCAGGAAGAUAGCCCCGCAAGAACCCCUUCUCAAUCUUACCCUGUUUCUCCUAAGCAUUAUGAUAGUCCUAUGUCAGAUGACGGCAAUCAGAGUGAAAGAGGCGACAACACUCGCCCACAAUCUAGAGAGAGCUAUCGUGAUGGCGUUUCACAAAGAGGCAGCAGGGAGCCAUCACCAAACCCAGAACAUGAAAAUCCCCAUAGUCCCAUCAAUGAUCAUGAUCAAAACCAGUUUGCCGCUUAUAAACCUGGUCGACCAAACAAUUUCCCACACCAGAGGGACAAUGGAAAAUACCAAAAUCAUUAUCAGCGGAAUAACAAGCCAAAGCGGGGCAGACCCAAUGGAUAUAAACGCCAGUUUAGCCAAACAUGGAACACUGAGGAAUAUACUAGUACUCCACAAUCAGCUACGCCUGGCAAUAACGACAGUGAUGAGCAUCUUCAGACUACUCCUGACAAGUACACUCAAGCUCAAAGCCCCUCAGAGUCAUACCACAGGAAACGCUCGAGGGAAGAGUCUUCAGAACUACCUGAUGAUGAACCUCAACGUCAGAUAGAUGAUGUUGCCCCCAGACUCAAGCGUCGUCACCCGCGUGUCGCAGAGGCUUACAGUCGGCGCUGGUAA